CCUAGUGGCCAGGCCAAGGAAGGGGAGCGUCCUUCCCCUGAGGGAGGGCGGGAGGCGGGCCUUCUUCCAGUGAGGGCGAGGGCCGGGCCUCCUUGGCGCCUCUCAGUAGGAGGCCGGGCGGCUGGUUGGAAGGCGGGCGGCAUGGAACAUCAUCUCGGGGCGCUGCUGUGGCUCUCCUUGGCCACCAUAUCGCAGAGCCAGGGGGAAGCCUUGGAAAACUCCCCUUACGGCUCCCUCUGGCCGCUGCCCCGCUCGGUUUCCCUCUCUCCUUCCCGGCUGCAGCUGGGGCCCAAGCGGUUCCAGAUCGCCCACGGCCCGGGCUCCUCCGCGGGCCCCAGGUGCUCCUUGUUGCAGGACGCCUUCCGCAGGUAUUAUGAAUACAUAUUUGGGUAUUCCAAAUGGCAGAAUCAAGAUAAGAAACCUCUUUCUGAAGCAGAGCUGUCUUCACUACAGGUCAUUAUCACUUCAGCAGAUCCUGAAUGUGAUGCAUACCCUAAUAUUGCAUCAGAUGAAGCUUAUCAAAUCCAAGUAUCAGGACCUACAGCUGUAUUGAAGGCUAACAAAGUCUGGGGAGCAUUGAGAGGUUUGGAAACAUUCAGCCAGUUAGUAUAUGAAGAUGAUUAUGGAAGUUUUUUUAUCAAUGAAUCUGACAUUGCUGACUUCCCAAGAUUUGCCCAUCGAGGAAUCUUGAUUGACACAUCAAGGCAUUUCCUGCCCUUGAAAAGUAUCCUUGCUAAUUUGGAUUGCCAUGGCUUUAACAAGUUCAAUGUCCUACACUGGCACAUUGUAGAUGACCAAUCUUUUCUUAUCAAAGUGCACCUUUCCUGAACUAGUGCCCAGGUAAGUAAUCAGGGGGCCUAUUCAUACAAGCAUGUUUACAGCCCCACUGAUGUCCAUCUCGUGAUAGAGUAUGCUCGGCUACGAGGUAUUCGAGUCAUCCCAGAAUUUGAUACUCCAGGGCAUACUGAGUCAUGGGGAAAAGGGCAAAAAGAUGUCCUCACGCCAUGCUACAAUGGAGAACAUCCCAGUGGCUCUUAUGGACCUGUAAAUCCCAUUUUGAAUACAACUUACGAUUUUAUGAUGAAAUUUUUCAAAGAAAUUGGAACAGUAUUUCCUGAUGAAUACAUUCACUUAGGAGGAGAUGAGGUGGACUUCACAUGUUGGAAGUCCAAUCCUGAUGUGACAGAGUUCAUGAAGAAACAAGGGUUUUGGUAUAGUUAUUCUAAACUGGAAUCCUAUUAUAUUGAGAAAAUAUUGGACAUGAUGUCUUCUUUUAAAAAGAAAUCCAUAGUCUGGCAGGAAGUCUUUGAUAAUGGAGUGCAGCUACAGCCAGACACAGUAGUUGAAGUGUGGAUGCCAAGAAUGUAUCAAGAAGAACUGAGAAAAGUAACAAAAGAGGGGCAUCCUGCAAUUCUGGCAGCACCUUGGUAUCUAGACAUCAUUAGUUACGGUCAGGACUGGAAGAGAUACUACAGUGUAGAACCACUGAACUUCCUGGGAUGCAAGACUCAGAAAGACCUGGUUGUUGGUGGAGAAGCCUGCCUUUGGGGAGAAUAUGUGGAUGUAACUAACUUCAUGUCUAGACUCUGGCCUCGGGCAUCUGCUAUUGGAGAGAGACUGUGGAGCAGUAAAAAUGUAACAGAUGUUUCAGAUGCUUAUAGCAGACUUAAUGAACAUCGUUGUCGCAUGCUCAGGCGUGGAAUAGAAGCACAGCCUUUGUUUGUUGGAUAUUGCAGCCAUGAAAUGAGAGACUUGUAACAAUCCUAGGACAGAAGGAUACUCAAUGUGCCUUUCUGGGAGGAAAACCUGCCACUUUCCCUGUUAAAUAGUUGCACUGAAACAUUGUAAUUUUGAAAUUCUGGAAUUCCACAUGUAGACAACUUUCUUUCCUUUUAAAUGUUUCAAAAUAAAUGUUCUUGGGGUUUUAGAGAAAUUAAAA